UAUUGUGCCUGCGCGAUACAAUUCGUGACGUUCGGAAGACGUCAGACUUGAUACGUGAGACGCGUGUCGCGUGUUGUGUCGAGGAACUCGAAGACGUAAUCGCUGCAAGCUGCGAUUCCUAAUCUCUCCAAUCGAACUUACGUGCGGAGGAUGACAAGCGCUUGUGAAGCGAAAAAGUGAGUGUUUUAUCACGAACGGAAGAUACUUAAAUGGUCCUCAAGUUUCUAUCUCACGGAUAAGGGACACAAGCGGAGGCCGACGAAAAUGAAAAUGGCUCCCGCAGGGACACCUUCUUUAAAUGGAGGUUUGCCACCGCCUGUAGGGCCCACACUGACCGGCACGUCGUUUGCCAAUUAUAAAAGAACCUGGUGGAGGAGAGUAGCUCCCUGCUUGGCUUUUCUUGCCGCCUUUUCCACUGCCAUGGUUUUGCUUCUUGUCUGGAGCGAGGCUGCGGCUUUGAGGAGACAGGCGUUCGACGCGAACAUGACCAGAGAUUACGUGCUGGACAGCGUUUCGAUGGACAAUCCGCAAUUGGUGGCGUACAUACGGCAAGUGCAUCUGAAACCGACUACCCAUCAGGAUUCGUUGAACGCCAAUCAGACGUCAGAGGAGAAGUACGUGGCCUCCUUGUCACAGGGAAAACGUGAGGGUAUCUACGCAGAAUACAUCAGCAGGAUAGGUGCGAUUUCUAGCACCGCUUGGCUGGAGUCUAAUCUGAAUUGGCGUGGUGUCUUGAUACUUACCGAGCCCAAGAGCUUCUUCGAAGCUCAACGAAGUACCAGACACCCGCAAUCGAGGGUCCUCCAUGCCUGUCUCAGCACGGACACAGAUACCAAAGAGAUAAAGUACCAUCAGGAAUCGGAGGUCCAGGUCACUAAGCUAGGCGACGGUCCUAACAGCCUCGUGUCAUCGGACGACGGUUUUCCUACCACUAGACUCAAGUGCUUUCCUCUCUACAGCGUGCUGUUAGCGUACAAUGCCACGAUCUUGGAUUACUUAAGUCUUGACAGUCCUGACGCUCCCGAUGGUCAGGUACUCGACACCAUCCCGUGGGACAUCAUAAAAAUAUCGAUACUGUCGAUACGAUGGAGUCCUCAUCACAGCGAGGCGGAGACAAAGAGCUUCAUCGACAAGAUGACCAGCCGGAGGUACAAGCUCGUACAUACGACAGACACUGGAAAGUCGAUUUUCUUGUACGACACUCUCCUUAAAAUUUGACUCAGGUUAUAGACUGGUCUGGAUAUAUAAAAUAUAGGAUAU